AACUGUUUUUUACCGUUACAGGUCGUUAGUUUUCUUAUUUGCAAAACAAAUCAUGAAAGAAACUAAAUGUCUUCUUGUUAUGAUUACGUUUGUAUUCAUGCUGUUUGCGUUUGCAUCCCUCUUUUUGUUGGAUAUCGCUAAGGAACAAAGUAAUGUGACUGAUGAAAGAAACGUUCGAGCGCUACCCUGGCCGACACAUGCGGAGUACAAAGGAAACAAAACAACCUGGAUAUUGUCAUGGCGACGACCGUGGGGUUAUGAGUUCAAAGGUCACGACGAGGGUCACGCGACGGGGUCAUGCAAGUUCACGUAUGACCGCAGCAAACUUAAGCAAUCCAAAGCUGUUCUGUUCCAUUAUACAUCACUAGAUGAAGAGGAAAUGCCUUGGACACAUUACAGGUCACCCAGUCAAAUAUUUGUAUUCUGGUUUCACGACAAUCCGUCAUACGUCCGCAACGGUGAGACUCGUCAUCCCAACCGGUUUGAUGGAGGAUUUAUUAAUUGGACGAUGUCGUAUCUACAAGAGUCGGACGUGUUCAUGCCUUACCUCGAACCAAAAGUUGCGCAGAAUAUUUUUAACCGGAAGCAAGAUGACGUUAAUAUGUUUAUCUCGAAGAAAACGAGAAUUGCUCUUUGGGUGGUGAACGAUUGCGAUUUAUUCCGAGGUUCCAAGUUACGAAUGAAAUACGCGAAUGCUCUUGUGGAAGCUGGUCUGUCAUUAGAUAGAUACGGUUGGUGUUUCAAUAACAAGCAAGCUUAUAAGAAACUAAGCGAUGAAGUCUUGCUGUCGUACAAGUUCUAUCUCGCAUUUGAAGUCGCCGAAAAGUGCAGAGAUUAUGUAACAGGGGAAUUUUGGAAAAAUGGUAUCGAAAUGGGAAGAGUUCCAGUUGUUUGGGGUCCAAGGAAAAAGGACCUUGACUAUCUGGUUCCACCUGGGUCUUAUAUCCACACAGAAGACUUUGAAAGCCCGGCCAAGUUGGUUGAAUACCUUUUAUACCUUGAUAAGAACGACGAAGCAUAUCGAGAAUAUUUUAACUGGGUUCGAAACCCAGGCACGGAAGUAGAAAGGUUAAAAAAACUGUAUCAGCAAACUUGGCAAGAACGGCUUUGCGAGAAACUUUUAUCAAACCAACCAGCUAAAGCGGAGAAGUUUAUUUCCUAUAUCCAAUACGGGAAAGAUUGGGGUACGUGUAUUGAUGUAUAGGAAUAAGCCAUGGUUUAAUAUUUACGUACAAGAUUCACUAUAAGAUUCCGGACACAGGUUUCGGUACAGUGGGAAAUGAAUGAACAUUUUUCUGGAAUGACAAACGCGUGGUGGCAGCAGUGAACUUAAGUAAUAGAAAUAUAAUGACACCAAUUGGUUGCGAUGCAAACGUUGAACUUUACGCUAAACGUCACAUUGAGUUGCAUUUUUCAUGUAUUUUUAAUAUUUACCAGCCGUUCGAAACGCUUCCAAACUGCAAAUAUCGUAACAAAGCGCAGUGUAUAUUUACUGUAAAUUGUAAACAAUGUAGGUAAACUCCUAUACAAGUGUCGUGUUUAUAAGUAAAUAAUUAAACUAUGACAUUCAGACGCCUAAUUUAACUUAACAAAGCCUUUUUACCUACUUUGAAUUUUAUGUGCUAUAAGUUCUUUUUAUGAAGGUUUUUCAUCCGCCAGAAUAUAGAAUAAAUUUUACUUAUCUUUUUAAAA